CUGUGUUAAGUUAUCCUGACGGAAUAAUGGAAUGUGCUCAAGAGGAAUUAAAGAAAAUCCUUAAAAAGUGUCAAACUAAGAAGGUUGAUGUAAAAAAGUUACAAAUUAUAGAGAAUUUUUUAAGUGAAUAUAAAAAGCCUGUAACGCGUAAAGAAAAGUAUUGUAAAGUGGUGAUAGUUUUUUGUCUAUUGGCAUAUGCGGUGCAUUAUUAUUUUAGUGAUUUAACAUCUAAGCGUUGUUCUUUGAUAAUGCCUCAACUUUUACGUUACUCCUUUCGUCCCCCCGAAAGUUGCAACUUCUGUCAAAAUGUUGAUCAUAUAGUUCGUGUCAGUGCUAUAACACCUCAAGAAUUUGCCCAAAAAUAUGCCUAUUCAGCGACACCUGUUAUAGUGGAAGAUGCUACACAAAAUUGGACUGCUUUGAAAAAAUUUAAUUAUUGGUAUUUCCGUGAUGUAUAUAAUAACGCUAAAAGGAAACAGAAAAUCUUAGAUUGCCAAUUUCUUCCCUAUAAGACGGGUUUUCAUGAUAUAUUCGAAGCUCUUGAUAUGUCUAGGGAAAGAGUGGAUUAUUUUAAUAGUUCUGGUGAAGAACAUCAGCAGAAACCUUGGUAUUUUGGUUGGAGUAAUUGUAAUCCCGAAACAGCUGAAGAGUUUCGUCGUCAUUAUGGUCGACCAUAUUUUUUGCCCGAGACCUCGGAAAAUAAUGCUGUAGAUUGGUUUUUUAUCGGCACCAGUGGUUUGGGAGCGCAUAUGCAUAUCGAUAAUGUACGUUUACCCUCCUGGCAAGCUCAGUUGUCGGGUAGCAAACGUUGGCUUUUAGCUCCGCCACCCGAGUGUUAUUUUCAGUGUAAAUCAUUUGAUGCCAUUGUUAAAAAGGGUGAUGUCAUUGUUUUGGACACUAACAAGUGGUAUCAUCAAACUUUUGUGCAACCAGGAGAAAUUAGCUUGACCAUAGGAGCAGAAUAUGAUUAAGGCUAGAAAAUGUAAUGUGAAUUUGAAAAUAAAAAUGGUUAU